ACUUUGCCUCUGAAAAAAUCUCUUAAACCCUAAAUCCCCAUUUUCGGGGGACUCGACUUCCAUGAAAACGACGUCGCUUUCGUCCAUGCCCGUUAAGCUCCUCCCUCAACUCCGCCUCCUCAACAACCCUACCGGCUUCCUCUCCAUGAAAUUCGGACCCUCCUCCUCCUCCAUUUUCGCGCCCCGACCCGUACCCGCCUUCUCCCGCGCCUUCCCUCUCCGCCUCCGCUACCUCGCCCUCGGCUCCCACCGCACUCUCUCCUCCCGCGCCUUCCGCACCGGGUCGUCGGGUUCCGGGUCGGGCUCCCAAUUCGCCCGCGGAUACGAGCGGAAAUCGGUCGGCGGAUCCAAGAGCCUGGUCGACGACGAGGCUGAGCUCAGCGACUGGGUCAGCGAGCUGCGGACCGACCCGACCCGCCGCAAGGGAGACGAUUUCGACGGUGAUAGGAGGGGUAGGGUUAGAGAUAGGGGCGGCGAUAGGGAUAGAGAGGCGUAUCCGGUUAAGCGGAGCAGGAGAGAUAGCGGCGGCGGCGCUGAUGAGUUUGGAACAGCUCGGGGAGGGUUCCGGUCUUCUCCGAUGAGUAGAAGGGAGGACGGUGGCCGUGGUGGUGGUGGUAGAGGAGGUAGGUCAUUUCCGACGAGGAGUAGUAGAGGUGGGAGUUCAAGCUUUGGUGAUCGGAGGCCGAGCUCGAAUCCACGGAUGGAGAGAAGGUUUGAUAACAAAUUUGGGGACAAUGCUGUUAGAGAGGAUGAGUUUUCGGCGAGGAGGAGCCCCAAUUUCAAAGCAAGUUCGAGUUCUGUGGCGAAAAGAGGUGGGAGAGAGGUGGAUUCCAGCUUCAGAAGAGGCGGUGGCGGCGGAGAGUGGGUGAGGAAAGAUUCGAUUAAGAAAAGGCCUGUGGUGGAUGAUAGUGAUGAGGAUGAGGUGGAUGAGCUUGGUUCUGGCAUUGGGGGGUUGCAAACCGAGGAAGAUAGUGAUAGUGCUGCUUCGGAAGAUGAUGAGGAUGAGGAGGAUGGUCGUGAAGUGUUGAAAGGUAAGAGUGCCGCAGCAUUGUUUGGUUCGGAUAAGGUGGUGAGUCAGAAGGCUGUGCUGAAGAGUUCAGGUGGAGACUCUGAGUCUUAUUUGAGUGACACAAGGUUUGAUCAGUGUUCGGUCUCGCCACUUUCCUUGAAGGGAAUCAAGGAUGCAGGAUAUGAGAAUAUGACUGUGGUACAAGAGGCUACUCUUCCUGUCAUACUCAAAGGCAAGGAUGUUCUAGCCAAGGCCAAAACCGGGACUGGGAAAACUGUUGCAUUCUUGCUUCCAUCAAUUGAGGUUGUAGUAAAUUCACCUCCUAUUGGCCGUGACCAUAAGAGACCCCCAAUUUCUGUACUUGUAAUAUGUCCAACUCGAGAGCUGGCAAAUCAAGCUGCAGUCGAAGCCACUAAAUUGUUGAAGUAUCAUCCUUCUAUUGGUGUUCAAGUUGUGAUUGGAGGUACAAGACUUGCUCUAGAACAGAAACGCAUGCAAGCAAACCCUUGCCAGAUUCUUGUCGCUACACCGGGAAGGCUCAAAGAUCACAUUGAGAAUACAGCAGGUUUCGCAACUAGGCUUAUGGGUGUCAAAGUCCUCAUACUUGAUGAAGCUGAUCAUUUACUCGAUAUGGGAUUCCGUAAAGACAUUGAAAGGAUUAUAGCAGCUGUUCCAAAGCAGCGACAGACAUUACUGUUCUCUGCCACAGUUCCAGAAGAGGUCCGUCAAAUUUGUCAUAUUGCUUUAAAAAGAGAUCAUGAAUAUAUUACCACCGUUGUGGAAGGCAGUGAGGAGACACAUGCACAGGUCAGACAAACUCAUUUGGUUGCUCCUUUGGACAAGCAUUUCUCCUAUGUGUAUAGUCUUCUUAAAGAGCAUAUUGCAGACGAUCUUGACUAUAAGGUUCUUGUAUUCUGUACUACUGCAAUGGUCACACGACUGGUCGCCAACCUUCUCGGUGAGCUGAACUUGAAUGUUAGAGAGAUCCACUCCAGAAAGCCACAGAGUUAUAGAACUAGGGUUUCUGAUGAAUUUCGGAAAUCAAAGGGUCUUAUCCUGGUGACUUCUGAUGUGUCUGCACGUGGUGUUGAUUAUCCAGAUGUUACUCUAGUCAUACAGGUUGGCAUUCCAGCUGAUAGACAACAGUAUAUUCAUCGACUAGGCAGAACUGGCCGUAAGGGCAAAGAAGGGCAAGGAAUUUUGCUACUGGCGCCUUGGGAGGAAUUCUUCUUAUCCACUAUUAAAGAUUUGCCAAUGACCAAGGCUCCUGUACCAUUGAUUGAUCCAGAUACAACGAAGAAGGUGGAACGAGCUUUAUCCCAAGUGGACAUGAAGAACAAGGAAGCAGCAUACCAAGCGUGGCUUGGGUAUUAUAAUUCAAAUAAGAAAAUAGGGCGUGAUAAGCAUAGGCUUGUGGAGCUUGCUAAUGAGUUUAGCCGAAGCAUGGGGCUGGACAACCCUCCUGCCAUUGCCAAGAUGGUUCUAGGUAAGAUGGGUCUUAAGAAUGUCCCUGGACUGCGGUCCAAAUAAUCUUAUAGCAGCUAGUUGGUGAGAUGCUCCUUGAGAAAGUGAACACAGAUUUGUAAUUGUUUGAAACUCGUCCAUAUAUUUCCAUCAACUACUAGAAGUCUGGAACUGAUAGAGAUCAAUAGCUUCUAACUUUUGCAAGACCACAGAUCUUACACCAAAAUGUUUUUAACUAUUGCGUGUGUUCCACUUUUAUC